AUGGCAAGAGUAAAGUCAAUAGGACAAGUUAAACCUCAGCCACAAGAAGAGGAAGCAGCAGCAGCAGCAGCAGCAGCAGCAGCAGGAGCAGCAGCAGGAGCAGCAGGAGCAGGAGCAGCAGCAAAUCCUCCUGAUACUGCAGCAGAUGCAGCAGAAGAAGAACCAAAAAUUGAUGAAGAAGGUGUAGAUAGCGAAGGAGAUGGUGAUUUAUUUGGUGAUGAUGAUCAAGGAUAUAUAUAUAAUAAUGAAUUAGAGGAAGAAAUUGCACAAAAUGAUGAAUUUAAUCAAGAAAUACAAGAAAAUGAAUUAGAACAAGAAAUUGCAUUAGAAGGAGCAGCAGCAACAGCAACAGGAGAAGAAGGAGAUGAAGAAUUAAAUAUUAUUUAA